UUUAUGCUCAGCUCCAUUGACACUGGCGGCAAUUCGAGCAGUCGCAUCGAGGAGUUCCUCGACCACGCCCACAACAGCCUGGACGAGCUGUGGCGCCUGCCCUACAACUACCCGCAGCAGCGCAUGGCCGAUCUGCUUGACAUCAUGGGCAACCGCCUGCUGGAGGCCUGCCUGGUGCAGCUGCAGGCCGAGGACAUCUGGAGCCUGAACUCGUACUAUGUGAACAAUCUGAUGAGCCAGUGCAUGGACACCGUGGAUGCCUGGAUGCAGCUGUGCGACUCGCUGACCCGACUCUUCUGGCCCAACUACGUGAAGCAUCCGUGGCUGGGCGAGCCACACGUGCCGCGGCGCGGACAACAGUUCAAGGAGCGACUGGCCGAAAUACGCAACAUCAAGCAGCUGUACAAGCAGAUCGCCACGCUGCUGAACGAUGCCGAGCUGCAGGAGAUGUUCCAGGAGCAGGCAGCCUUUGGCGGUGAGUGAGCGUGAGUGGAAUACUCAAUAUGAUUAUUGCUA